UUAUUUAGUUGAAUUCUUUGUUUAUGGGUAACAAUGGAAUAAAAUAAUCCACCAGCAACAGUACCUACCUUCUCCAGCCGGAUAACGUGAAACGGGAGAUUAUUUGCUCACAGCCUUGUCAAUGGAGAAUCAUCAUCCUUCCACUCUCUUAUCUAUGGAUUCAAGUGCUUCCUCCCAUGAUGAAUUGGAUUUGGAAAUGAAUAGACUAAUCGUUCUUUCUCGGCCGCCCGACAUCAAUUUGCCUCUCUCGGCCGAGCGUAGCCCUCCCCCGCAGCCGUGGAACUCGUCGGACCAGUGUGAUAUUUUGGAUGUUGGUCUUAGUUCACAAGUUUAUGAGACUGAGAGCUACCUCACUGCACCCAAGACAGGACGAAAAUUCGCCAAGCGGGUAGAUAGCAUAUGGGGUGCUUGGUUGUUCUUUAGUUUUUACUUUAAGCCUGCUUUGAAUGACAAAUCGAAGGGCAAGAUUAUUCGCGAUAGCAACGGUGUCUCUGGUUUUGAAAAAUCGGAUCUGAAGUUGGACAUUUUUAUGGUUCAGCACGACAUGGAGAAUAUGUACAUGUGGAUUUUCAAGGAGAGACCCGAGAAUGCACUGGGUAAGAUGCAGCUCAGAAGCUACAUGAAUGGCCAUUCUCGUCAGGGAGAGCGCCCAUUUCCGUUUAGUGUGGAUAAGGGAUUUGUCCGUUCACACAGGAUGCAACGGAAGCAUUACAGAGGAUUGUCGAACCCCCAGUGUGUGCAUGGGAUCGAGGUUGUUCCAUCGCCGAAUCUCAUGGCUCUCAGCGAGGACGAUCGGAAAAGGUGGACGGAGCUUACUGGAAGGGAUAUAAACUUUACAAUACCACCCGAGGCUAGCGACUUUAGUUCGUGGAGGAACCUUCCGAACACGGAUUUUGAGCUAGAGAGGCCUGUUCCUCUCCCUUCGAUAAAGAGUGUUGCAAAUUCUCACUCGAAAAGGCUGCUUAAUGGAUCUGGCCUCAAUUUGUCUACUCAGCCACCUAGCCAUAGCAAUGGUGAUGGGAUGGACUUAUCACUUGUCAGCAGCAAAAGGAGGAAAGAACUUUUCCCGCAUGGAAAUGAUGAGGAUUGCUGUCUGUCUGCCAUUCCUCCGUCGGAUAUGGAAAUUCAUUCCAGUGAGCCACACUGGUUAAACGACGUGAGCGGGAUAAUGAAAAACGUGUAUGGGCCUGUUACUGCUGCAAAAACCAUCUACGAAGAUGAAGCGGGUUACUUGAUCAUUGUCAGCUUGCCUUUUGUUGAUCUUCAAAGGGUGAAGGUCUCAUGGAGGAAUACUCUGACCCAUGGUAUCAUAAAGAUAUCUUGUGUGAGCACAUCCGGCAUGCCGUUCAUCAAGAGACAUGAUAGGACAUUCAAACUGACAGAUCCGUGUUCCGAGCAUUGCUCGCCUGGGGAAUUCGUUAGAGAGAUCCCAUUGUCGACUCGAAUCCCCGAAGAUGCAAACAUAGAAGCAUACCAUGAUGGGCCGGGAUCUGUCCUCGAGAUUAUGGUGCCGAAACUGAGAGAGGUGACCGAAGAGCACGAAGUACUGGUGUGCCUCCGGCCAAAGCUUGUUGGGAGUGAUCUCAUGUUGACAUGAAGUAGCAAUUUAU